UACCAAUCAAUCAUUGAUUUCACUUUCUCUUCUGUUCUCUGUGUUCCCCCAAACUCUCUCUCUCUCUCUCUCUCCUCUCACAGGUUUUUGUUUUGCCUACACAGAACGUCUCUGAAGAAAUACCUUUGCAGGCACUUUUUCUGCGGUAUGAUUGCUUUCUUUACUCUGAGCAGCAAUUUUGAAAAUUAAGUAAAUUGGUUGGGAAGGGCUCAUUCCUCUGCAGUGGCAGAACCAAACAUAGAGUGCAGGUGUAUAUGUUCUGAUGGCGACUAAUGAAAAUCUUCCACCAAAUGUAAUAAAGCAACUUGCCAAGGAAUUAAAAAAUCUUGAUGAAUCCCCUCCCGAGGGUAUUAAAGUUGUGGUAAAUGAUGAUGAUUUUUCAAUAAUAUAUGCUGACAUUGAAGGUCCAGCUGGGACUCCUUAUGAUAGUGGAGUUUUUCGUAUGAAGUUGUUAUUGUCUCAUGAUUUUCCACACUCUCCACCUAAAGGGUUUUUCCUAACUAAGAUUUUCCAUCCAAAUAUUGCAACCAAUGGAGAGAUAUGUGUCAACACACUUAAAAAGGACUGGAAUCCUAGUCUUGGGUUACGACAUGUUCUCAUUGUUGUUAGGUGUCUAUUAAUUGAACCCUUUCCGGAAUCCGCUCUCAAUGAACAGGCUGGCAAACUGCUGCUUGAAAAUUAUGAGGAGUAUGCUAGACAUGCAAGACUUUACACUGGAAUCCAUGCAAAACCAAAGUCCAAAUUUAAAAGUGGAGCCAUAUCUGAAUCUAAGACUGCUCUGAAUGUUGAUCAGACAAACACCUCAGUUCUUAAUGCUGGUGUCAAAACUGCACCAUCGGGUGCUGCAUUAUUGUUGCAACCCCCUUUAGCCCCCUCAACUAUGGCAACUAGAGGAAACAGCCAAGAACAUGCUGCUGUAGCGGCGGAGCCAGCUGUUAAUGGUUGUACUGCUGUACUAGUAGUUUCUGCACCACAAAAGAAGGAAGGCGGACUAGGUAAAGCUCAGGCAGAUAAGAAGAAGAUAGAUGCCAGAAAAAGAAGCUUGAAAAGAUUGUAAUAAGGUUGUUCAAUAAUUCAACUUUUCAUUUGCGGUUUAGUUUUAAGAGAAAAGGGAGAUGGGGAGAGGGGAAUGUGGAAUCUGGGAACAUAGGUUUGGACACAAUUUUCAGAUGACUAGUUCAUGUGAAAUUUUAACACUAGUGAAUCCAAUUCGAGGUUUCUUUCACUUUUUUUUUUUUUUUUUCUCUUUCUGUGUACAUUACAUUUAAUAAGGGAGCAAGGCAAAUUUGGACCUUUGUCAUGC